UAAUCCUGCAAAACUUUCUUACAAAGCAAAGUCCAGGAGUUGUUAAUGCUCAUUUAUUUCCUAGUUCAGACUGGCACUCGGCUCUGCUAUACCCAGCAGCGUUUUUCACAACAGCCAAGAGGCCUACAGCUAACAAUGGGCACCAAUCAGGAACCACAUGUAGAGCUCUCAGGGAUUCUGGACAAGAGGCGGCAAAACCUGAAAUUCCAGUGGCGAACGUACACCUUCACGCUGGCCGGCAUGAAACUUUCCUAUUAUAAAGUUGGAGGAAGUUGUGACAAGGAGGUGGCAAGUCAAGGAGAACUCUGGGGAGUCAUAGACAUGCGAGAAGUGCUGUCCGUGUGCGUUGCCAGUCCAAUAGGAUCUCAUUAUCCCAUCGAAGUGACGCUAAGAAGUGGGAAAAUAAUUUUGCUUGCCUCAGAUAGCCAUUUUGAAAGAUCUCGGUGGCUGAAGGCCCUACAAGAGAAAUUGGUUUUGUCGAAGAGGAGAAGAUCUUCAGAUGGUCCCUUGGUCCGCGAACAAUUCAAUUUUGCACAAGAAAACCGUGAAUGGACAAGUAAGUCCAAUACCUCUUCUGUAGCAGAAAUCCCCACCUGCGAUGAAGAAGCUGAUGUGCUUGGAGAUAUGGAUUCCUUCAUUGACAACGCUUUCAACGGGAUCACAUAUAACCGACAAUCACAGAUGAUAACGAACGACAUUCAGAAGCAUAUACCGAAUCAGGGUGCCAAUUUUAGAUGAAGUAAGAGUUAAAGGAAUCGUCACCCCUGUUAUACAAAACGCAAAGGACACAGGCCUAAUAUGAGGACUUCAAAUCAUUAUUCAGCUUCGUCCCAUCGACAUGACGAUACACGCAAUAUUCACAGACAUCUUAUUUAUUGAUCUUGGAGCAGAAGAAGAUGGACACAAUAUAUCAAACUGU